CCUUUGCCCAUUUGACCUCUCAAAAUUCUUCCACCAUUUGUCUUCUCUCUCUCUCUCAAAAAAAGAAAAAAGAAAAAAAAAGGGGCUUUUCACUAGAAAAUCAUUUUUUCUUUCAUUUCAUACAUAUUCUCUUCAUAAGCAACCAUAAUUAAGCUUCAUGUCGCUCUUUAAAAAUUAAUGGUUCGAUUCUUUGAUCCCCUUUCCUUUCUUCUUACUCAUCCUCUAAUUUUUAAAAACAAUUUUCUUUAUUUCACCACACUUCCUAAUUUGUCUAUUAAAAUUCUUAAAUUUAUGUACGUAAUCAAACAUAGGGUUUCACUUUGAUUCCUCUCACACUAGACUUCUGCUCCAUCCAUUCGUCAUCACUCCUACCGUUUCAUUUCAUUUGCUUUUAUGCGAACUUGUUCCCUCCACUUUCUUAGCUCAAUCCUUCUCUUCGUAGAAGAAUAGAGAAGAAAUUAAGAAAAGAAGAGAAUGUGGCCCCCUGUUAUUGAAACUGCCAAGAAGGUAUGGGGCACAUGGAGCAUCAGAGUAUUCGUUAUUGUAAGCCUCUCGUUGCAGAUCUUCUUAAUUUGGUUUGCACGAUAUAGAAAAUGGAGAGGUGGAAAAUGGGGGAAAUGCCUUGACGUGUUGAUCUGGUUCGCAUACUUGCUAGCUGAUUGGGUUGCUGGGUUUACAAUCGGAUUAAUCUUAAGCGAACAAAGCAAAAGUACCCCGACUGAAAGGAGUGACGUCCAUGUCUUCUGGGCACCCUUUCUUCUCUUGCACCUUGGCGGUCCUGACACCAUUACUUCCUUUGCUCUGGAAGAUAAUGAAUUUUGGAUUAGGCACUUGCUUGGGCUUGGAUUUCAAGUUGGCUCUACUGCCUAUGUCUUUGUUAAGUCCCUUCCAGAGAACAAGCUUUGGCUCCCAACCAUACUAGUGUUAAUGGCAGGAAUAAUCAAAUAUGCAGAAAGGAACCGUGCCUUCUAUCUUGCAAGCUUUGACCAUCUUGGCGAUGAUUGGUUACCUAGUGAAUGGGGAGAUGAAAUUCCAGUUCCAGCAGAAUUCCAAAAGAUGGAAAAAUUUGAGCAAAGUCAGGAGCAAAUGCUGUUAUGGACUGCAGUUCACCACUUCGGAACAAUCAAGAUGAUGCUUGUAGGCCCUCUUUUAUAUCCAGAUCAAUGCUCUGAGAUCAGAGAAACCUUUCUCCAAGUGGGAGAUUCAUCUCAAGUGUUGCAAAUAAUGGAAAUUGAGCUAAGCCUCUUGUAUGAGGUUCUUCACACCAAGUUGCCUGUGGUUGGUUGCAUGAUGGGAUACAUUUUCAGGUUCAUUACUAUGUGUUGCAUCUCGGUAGCGUUGUUCUCUUUCUUUUUAUUUAGGAAGUAUUAUCUACUGAAGCAGUUAGACGUGUGGCUAACCUAUGGUUUGCUAAUCUGGGCCUUUGUGUUGGAUAUCAUAUCUAUUGUAUUACUCAUCUCCUCCGACUGGUACUUGGCUGCUCACAUCCGGAAGACGAGGUCGAGAUUCUUCAAGAAGCGCAGGUGGUCUAGAGCAGUUUCCCAGUUGAAUUUUAUUACUUACUAUGUUAGUGAUUAUCCAAGUCUAUUGAAAGAAGUUGCUGAUUUUCUUCGCAUAAGGGGUUUGUUGGAAGACAUAAAAGGAAUCCGAUGUCUAUCUUCCAAAGAUUUCAAAGAAGACGACCCAGAAUGGCAGUUCAUUUUUAAGGAAGUGAAAGAAUUAAAUGAGUUUUUGAAUAGUAAAAUGACAGCCCCGUCUCAGACUGUGCUAGACACCAAGCAAGUUUGGUUAUAUGGUCGUGAACGAGUUCUUCAAGUUGUUGAUCAAUCUUUCACCACAAAUCACAACAUGUUUGUGCACAAGGACCAGUCCAAUGUCAUCAAGAUGCUGAGGAAACAAAUUGCUGACUUGGAGGACGAGAAAGAGAGUGUGAAGCGCUAUACUGAAGAUUUCUACGGUAGCAGAACUGAGGCGCUCCAGAAUUGGUUGGGGAACACAUCAAAUCUCAUUCAAACAGCACACUAUUUGGCAGAAGAUGUUGGGAACCGUGGGAAGUCUCCUUUCCAACUUAGAAAGAAGGCCGAGCAGAUAUGCAAGGAUAUUGCUGGACAUGUUCAAAAAGCUCGUGGAUUCUCCAACAUCCCACUAUCCUAUCGACAACAGAAAGUGGCUGCUGAUCGUUUUGAGGACUUUGGAUCUAGAAGUGAUGUUUUGAAGGGCAUCAUGGAGGCACUACGAAGUCCUUUCAUCAACAAGAUAGGAGUGUACGGGAAGCCUGGUGUGGGGAAGACAAUGAUGGUUAGAGAAGUUAAAAGAAGAGCUGAGCAAGAGGGGUUGUUUGAUGCAGUUCUAAUGGCAACUGUAGGUAGGAAUCCAGACUUAGCCAGAAUUGAAGAUGAAAUUGCACGUGUUUCUAAUGAACAAACAGGGCUGAUAGAAAAGGUCCUCGUGAUUUUGGACGACUUAUGGGAGCCAGGAUUAUCUUUGGAGUUGCUUGGAAUAAAUGGGAAGGAAGAAGACAAUGUUAUAUCUUACAAACUUUUGCUGACCUCUAGAGAUAGAGAUGUUGUAUCUCUUCUAUCUGAAACACAAUUUAAAAUUGACAUAUUAACCCAGGUAGAAGCAUGGAAUCUGUUUAAGAAGAUAGCUGAUGAUCCAGAUAAAAGUCGUGGUUUGCCGUUUUAUGCAAACGAGAUUACCAAGAAGUGUGAGGAAUUGCCCAUUGCUGUUGCAACACUCGCGAAUGCCUUGAGAAGAAGAAAUCUUAUUGAGUGGAAGACAACUUUACGAAAGCUACAAACCCUGCCGAAUUCAAGUCAGAUACCACAAAGCCUGUGUUCAGCCAUCGAGUUGCAUUACAGUGGUUUGAAAAGCAACGAACUCCAAAUUUUCUUGCUUUGCAGUCUACUGGGUCAGAAUGCAACCAUUCAAAACUUGUUGAAAUAUGGUAUAGGCUUGGGCUUAUUCCCAGGAGUCAAAUCCAUAGAGGAAGCACGAGCUCAAGUGCUAAUUUUGGUGACUAGACUCAGAGAUUCUUCCUUGUUGCUGGAUAAUGGUAGCAGUUUGUACUUCGAUAUGCACGAUCUUGUUCGAGAUUUUGCUACCUCGACUGUUUCUAAGGAGUUUGGCGUGUUGGCUUUAACAGAAAGCGCACCAAUCAACGGGUCACGCAUGGAGGGGAUGGAUUUAUUUAUCAAAUGGAUUUAUUUAUCAAAUGGGGACGCCAGUCAGCUUCCAAAUGAGUUGAAAUGUCCGAAACUUACUUUCCUUCAUUUGUCUGAAAAGAGUCCUUCCCUAGCAAGUCCACCAAACUUGUUUAGGGAUAAGGAAGGACUCAAAGUCUUGAGUUUGUUGAAAAUGAAGUUUUUGUCAAUCCCUUCCUCAUCAAUUUCCCUCCCAAAAAGCCUUUGUACCUUGUGUCUGGAUCAAGUUGUGUUAGGGGCGGCAAAUAUAGGCACAAUGAUUGGAGAACUGGAGAAUUUGCAAGUCCUAAGUCUUGUAGGAUCUGAUAUCAAAGAGUUGCCAGAGCAAAUGGGGCAGCUAGCCAAUCUGAAGUUGUUAGAUUUGAGUGAUUGUACCAAACUCAAAGUAAUUCCACCAGGUGUCUUGUCAAGUUUGUCAGGAUUAGAAGAACUAUAUAUGAGAAACAGCUUUGUUCAAUGGGCGGAGGGCAUUGAGGAGCAUGAAAAUCAAAAUGCUAGCCUAGCAGAGUUGCAGACUUUAAUGUCGUUGACUUCUAUAGAGCUACAUGUUAUUUGCAAGAUUUGGAAGAUUCCGGAGGGCUUGUUCUCUGAAAAUUUGGCAAGAUUCAAAGUUUUCUUGGGAGAUAGGUGGAACAACUGGAAUAGUUCUUGGGGAGUUUCAAAAUUAUUGAAGCUAAAGCCAGAUGCAAGAAGUAGUUCUCACCACUCAGUUAGGAAGUUGCUAAAGAAGACAAAUGAACUACAUCUAGAAGGAUUGAUUGGUGUUAAAAAUGUAGUCAAUGAGUUAGAUAACAACGGUUUCCAAGAAUUGAAGUAUCUCUUUGUCCAAGAUGCUUCGGAGGUUCAACAUAUCAUCUCAGUACUGAAGCCUGCAUUUCCUGUAUUGGAGGUUGUGUUUUCAUCAAACCUAGAGGAGUUGCAAUUGUGCUCGAUUGGGAAUAUUUACACCAUAUGGCACACUUCGAUGAUAUCUCGUUUGGAGAAACUGGAGAAAUUAAUUAUUCAUGACUCUAAAAAUCUCGAAUGCCUAUUCUCAUCUUCGGUAGCAUGGCAUUCGGAAGGGAUGAUCAAACUCCUCCUUCCAAAACUAAAGAGGUUAGAAUUGGGAGAGUUGCCCAAGCUGAAGGGCAUCUGUUGGGAGAGGGCAGCAAUGGUAUGUGAUUCUCUUGAAUGGAUUAUAAUUUGGAAUUGCUAUAGCCUAAGUAGGUCCCCUCUUUAUCUUCCCCAGCUUGAAAACGGACAACCGUCUCCUCCUCCUUCCCUCAAACAAAUCGUAGUAUGGCCACGAGAAUAUUGGGAAUAUUUAGAGUGGGACCAUCCUAAUGCAGAGCUUGUCCUUCUACCAUUCUGUGGAAUAUAUCAUUCGUUUCCUUCCAAAUUAGUAGAAGGGCGUAUUAAAAGGUUAGAGUUGACCGAUAUUGAUGUAGAGAACACUUGGGUGCCACCAUCCGUACAAGAAUUAGUUCUUAAAGGAUGCAACUACUUAAGAAGCUUAAAUGAUAUCUCUUCCACUAAAGAUGCAGAAGAAUUGAAGUGCUGCAGGAUUCGGAACUGCAAUGGCGUGAAGUGUGUUUUUUCCUCGUCCAUAAAUCUACUGGCCCAAAAGCUUGAGGCUCUGGAUCUUUUAAGUUUGAAAAACUUGGAAGCCCUUUUUGAAGCAGAGGCAAUUACCAAGUCACCACUACCACCUGACACUUUUUCAUCUCUUAAAACCAUUAGUGUUUGGCACUGUCAUAAAAUAAAGACGUUGUUCCCCUUUUCGAUGUACCUCCAAAGUCUAGAAGAAAUUGAUAUUGAAGCAUGUGACCAGAUGGAAGAAAUAAUAGCAUGGGUUGCAGAAGAAGCAGGAGGAGAAAAUGAAGGGGUCAUCCAACUCAUUCUUCCAAAAUUAAAAAGUUUGAAAUUGAGAGAAUUGCCCACAUUGAAAAGCAUCUGUAGUAGGAGGGCAUUAAUGGUAUGUGAUUCUCUUGAAGAGAUUUGGAUCGACAACUGCGAGAGUCUAAGGAGGAUCCCUCUUUAUCUUCCCUUGCUUGAUAACGGACAACCAUCUCCUCCUCCUUCCCUCAAACGAAUCAAAGUAAGGUGGGAAUCGUGGUGGGAAUCAUUGGAGUGGGACCAUCCCAAUGCAAGGGCUGUCCUUCUACGCUUCCGUGAAUUCACUCGGUUUUCGUGGAGCUUCGAAUUUUCUUUAACUGAAGAAGAAGAUGAGGAAGAAAUCACUUCACCCUGCAAUAGUCAUCUUCACCAUGUCUCCUCUAAUCAAUGUGGAAAAGCUGAGAUAUCCGCCUCUAUCUCUUCAUGGGCAUCAAGGAAUUUGGAUACUUCUCAAAGGAGGGGCUCCGCAAUUCUCAAUUUGUAGUGCAUUGUGAAUUGUAUCAUUUUCUGUAACUGUUUGGCACCCAUGAUGUAGUCGUAUUAGAACCAAACAUGGCUGCUUCAGGAGCUCUUGGACGAGGUGUAAUUUACUGGCUAAAGGUGACAUAUCGUAGGAUGAAGGAUGCCUUGAUACAAUUGAGCAGAGGUGUGCUAAAGGGACCUGCUGCCAAUAUAGUUCCCGUCUUGUU